GGCUUAGUGUGGCGCUGCGCGCCGCCAACUCUCUCUCUCUAUCUCUCUCCCACUCGCUUUCGCGCGCGCGCGCUUCCAGGAAUGCCCCGGGCGGCGAGGAAGGCGCUUUAGAAGAUGCCCAGGCUGGAGGCAGCUUGCCGUCGGGCGGGCGGCAUGGCGACGAGCGGCGAGGCGGCGUCUCCCCCUUUGCGCGGCUGAGGCUCUGAGGCUGCCGCCGCCGCCGCCCGGCGCACAAUGAAACUCUACUGCAAAGUGGUGGCCCUGGCGCUCUGCCUGGCGCUCCUGCUGCUGCUCUACCUCUUCGUGGGCAGCGACGCCGACGAGCCGCCUUUGAAAGCGGCCGCGGGGGGAAGCCGCCCGGCGCGCGCCUCCUCCUCCUCCGGGCCCGGCGGGGACUUCGCCGCGGGGCGCUUCCGACCCGUCCAGGCUGCAGAGGAGCGAGAGGAGGAAGAAGAGGCGGCGGCGGCUCAGGCUCAGGUUUCCAAGAGGGAGCCACGUCUCCACAGAAAAACGGGCAGGCGCGGCGCUGCCCGAGGGAAGUUUGCGAACGUGAGGUAAAGCCUUCAAAAAAGAGGCAUUUUAAAAAUAUGCAUUAUUAUUUUCAAUGCAUUUUAUGCAUUUCUCCACUACUGUAAUUGCAUUGUCUUCUGCAUGCUUUUCGGUCAUGAAACACUCUAGCGAUCUGUUUUUGGCUGGGAUGGGGAGUUUGCAAAGAUGCGGGAGGGGGCGGCUUCUUCAGUGUCAUGUGGUCUCGCAGCCUCGGAUCCGGAGAACCCCGCGAAAGUUUCCUCGGAUUGCAAAGGGAAUAUAAAUCGGAAGGAUGUUCGGGAUUACAGCUCUAAGGGGCUGCUCUGCAGGGCGCAGAUUAGCAGGCGGACCUGAUGCGCCUUCUGGGUACCUAAGGAUGUGUGAAAAGGAUGUUCUGUCUCUCUGUCUCUCUCUCAAGCACACACCUUUAUAUAUAGCAUUCACCGACACUUACAAGGAGGGUCCUGGCAAUGCAAAUUGUAUCCUUUUUUACACCUACCUCACAUUGCUCAAUUGCGUGCCUGCCAGUUUUGUAGUUUCCUCUGGGCUUCUUCCCAUGACCCUUGGGGUUGGUGUAGCUGAGUAGCGCUGUCUGAAUGGUGCUCCUACUUUUUGGGAGAAGAUGAUAAGCCUGUUGACACAUGGUGCUGUACACGUGUGCAAAGAGUAGCACAGAUGCUCAUGUGAAUGGAGUAUAUGGUUGGUGAAUUUGAAAAGUCAGUGCAAGGACUGAACUCCAAAAUGCAGAGUACUGAUUGAAUGCGCUAUGACUGCCCAUGCGUUGAAUGUGUAUGAUCAUGCGCAGUGUUGUGCAGAGAUGGGACUCAGUCCUUUUCCUGCUCACUGCUUAGGUAUAUUUUGCUGAAAUGACUCUAUAGGUACCACACAGGACAGCACAAGGUGCUUUGUUCUAUGGGAUCUUACCAUAGUACAUGCCAAGGGAGGAAUGAUGGCUUUUAAAGAUGCAAUCCAGUUAUAAACCCAUUUACUGAAAUGAGAGAUAAAUAAUCUGCCGCCUCAGCCAACAGUGAUGUGAAAAAUAGCCCUUUCCAGAAAAACUUCCUGGAUCAGCAGCUGAAGUCAACCUCACUUUUAAUUCAUUUUGUAGAAUAUUUGUGCCUUUCCCUGUUUAGGUUUGCCUUAUUUUUGAUGGUUUUGUUACACAGCCAUGAUCUUCAUAUAAGGGCAGGUGGGCAGAAUGUACACUUGUUACUUGGGAAGGCUGGUAUGCAGCAUCUUCAAGUACCGUAUUUUUUGCUCUAUAAGACGCACCAGACCACAAGACGCACAUAGUUUUUGGAGGAGGAAAACAAGAAAAAAAAUAUUCUGAAUCUCAGAAGCCAGAACAGCAAGAGGGAUCGCUGCGCAGUGAAAGCAGCAAUCCCUCUUGCUGUUCUGGCUUCUGGGAUAGCUGCGCAGCCUGCAUUCACUCCAUAAGACGCACACACAUUUCCCCUUACUUUUUAGGAGGGAAAAGUGAGUCUUAUAGAGCAAAAAAUACGGUAUAUACUUGUCCCAAAAUAAACACUGGCAAUUCAUUUCACAAAUGCUACUAACACAUGUUUCUGGAUGUCACGUGUGAAUCAGCUUGCAGUUCCAAGUGGAACUUCUUUUGUGUCUGCUCCCUAGUUUAGCAAAUUUCCAUUCCCCAGAGCAGAAAAACGUCUGGGGUAGGGUUGUAGGAAGAAAAAAAUAUUGAGGUUUCCCAGUUCAGUUUCUUUCCCUUGGUUUUAUGGGUUGUAUAUGCGUUUCCAUUUCCAUUUUCUCAUUCUUGAGCCUGGCGAGUCGAUUGAUGGCUCUUUUAAGAUAAGCUUCCAGCAGAAUUUUAAACAGAUUCUUUAGGCAGGGUGGAAUUACAUUCUCCUUGCCUGGUUUUCUUUUGAAACAGUCAUGGCUAGACUUAUGAAGAUAAUGUUAAUAUUAGAAACAAGAACACGGGCUAUAAAGAUUUUUAAAAGUAUUUCACAAAAACAUUAUUGUCUGCCACACGAUGAAAAUGUUUGGAAGUUAAAUGCACCUUUCUGUAUCUAUGAAAUCCAAGUAGAUGAGUCAUUAGAGAACUGAGGUCACCUCUCUAAAUAAUAAUAAUAAUAAUAAUAAAGCAAAGACGGGGGCCAUUUGGAUAUGGAUAGUGGUUCUAGCAGAAGCGGGAGCAUUUCCCCUUGAAAAUCAUGCACAUAGCCCCCAAGUUGCUAUUUUAGGGGGAGAUGCAGGUUAAAAGCUAAAUUUAUGCUGUCCCGCUCCCCAUCGCACAGACACGCUCUAGUCUAGUGCAUCAAAGUGAAGGAGAGGGAGUCAUGACAGGUGUGUGGCUUUAAUGUUGCUGGUAGAAUAAUACGAAGCUGAAUAAAACACCUUUAAUCCAGACAUUUAAUUAAAUGUGUGUGAACUGCAGUUAGGAAAACAUACUGUAAUUUACUUCUUCUUCUUUUUUUAAAGGUGAAACUAAAAUGCUGGAACAUAACAACUUUUUAAUUCAUGAAAGUCUAGAUAAUUGCUAUGUGGUGUCCCUGAGCUGGGAAGCUGCUCUCCCAUCCCUUUUCUAGCUCAGUGUGACCUCAUCUUUCAAACAAACCCUGUGUGUCUUUGAUUCAUGAUUUCACAGAGAUGUUCUGAAUGAAAGACUGCCCCAUUCUCCGAGGUCUUAUUCUUCACCCUAUUAAAGCGGCUGGUUUCUUACCAGCAUUGUAUCUGAUUGUGAGCAAGGGAUGUUUAUUGUGACCGGGAGUGGAUCAUGGACUGAAUUCAAAUGGGUGUAUUAAGGCAGGAUUAUCUUCCGUUAGCAACUAUACCUCCUGAAGUCAUUUUUCUUCAGAGCAUAUCUCUUGAGUUUAUCGUGGACAGUACCAAACAAAUGAGAAGCAAAUGUGGUUAAAAACUCCCCUGUGAAUGGAUAAGCGAGGGUGAGAUAGUUAAUGCUGGCUAUAAAAGGCUACAAGGAUAUGGCACAACAGCCCCCUAUGCCAGCAGAACGUGACCCAACUGUGCUGGCUGGGGCUGAUGGGUAUAGAACACCUGGAGGGCACUAGCAGAACUGUGAGAAUACCCUGGGGCAACACUAUGGCACCUUAUCCUUCUGUGCCAAAGCAACUGUGCCAAUGUAGCAUCAGAAAGAGGGUGAAGAUGCAGUGGGUGGAACUGGAGAAGAGACAGGCUUGUGCCUUCCCUUGAAUGAAAGAUGGGGUAUACAUAACAGAGCAAAUAAACAAUGCCUAGGGGAAGGGCCACAGCUCAGUGGUAGAGCAUCUGCUUUGUGUGCAGAAGGCCCUGGGUUCAAUCCCCGGCAUCUCCAAGUAGGCCUGGGGGAAACUCUUGCCUGAAACCCUGGAGAGCCUCUGCCAGUCAUUGUGGACGGCACUGAGCUAGACGGAACAAUUGGCUUGACUCAGUGCAAGGGAGCUUCCGGUGUUCCUUUGUAUAUAUGCCUGGUCCCAGGUUAGGAUCGCUUAGAUGAUAACCGUGGUGAUGGGUCUGUUGCUGGCUCCUGUCUCAGAUUGUGCGCCUCUCCUCCCAGUAAUAAAAAAAGGAAGCACUGCACCAAGCAACAUCUCUCCAUCUCUCUCCAGAGAUGAUGCUGGAGCACAUUGCUAACACUUCUCUGCCUAGAACGCCAACAGCCAACAGCCCCACUGACAGAGCUGGGAAUGACGGGACAGAGCACCCCACACAGGUAAGCAAGGGAAGCGGGGCGGUGGGGGGACGACGUUCUGCAAAAAGUGUAUCCUCUGCAAUCGUAUGCCCCUUGCUCCGUGUGAAUAUUGACUCUUGCCCAAGCUGUGCAGCUGCAGCGCCGUUCCCCUGACAGCAAGGAGCAGCGUCUGCUAUAUUGGGGCAAGUGCUCACCCACCCUACUCCCUGCUGGCAAGCUCUCUGUCUGUGAAUGCGAGGCAAUCCAUUCCAGCCACUGCCAGCCAAAACACUCACCGUUAUUUUGGCCUUGCAAGAUCACUGCCCAGAUGCAUGGCGGAGUAGAGCAAGCUGUUGUCAUGCCAUGCUCCCAGGGGUCCACUGCAGCCCCUGAGGGCAAAGAAGAAGAAGAAGAAGAAGAGUUUGGAUUUGAUAUCCCGCCUUUCACUCCCUUUAAGGAGUCUCAAAGCGGCUAACAUUCUCCUUUCCCUUCCUCCCCCACAACAAACACUCUGUGAGGUGAGUGGGGCUGAGAGACUUCAAAGAAGUGUGACUGGCCCAAGGUCACCCAGCAGCUGCAUGUGGAGGAGCGGAGACUCAAACCCGGUUCCCCAGAUUAUGAGACUACUGCUCUUAACCACUACACCACACUGGCUCUCCCCAGUCACUGGGACAGGGACCCCAGUCACUGUAGACUGACGCAUAAGCUUCCUGUUCUCUCUCACCUCCAUGCAUUUAUCUAUUGUGCAUCCAAGGCUGCUACUAUUUUUGCCUGUUUUGAUCAUUACCCUCUCUCUGCCUUCCCUUCCACAGGACCUUCUCCCACACGCUGCUUUGUGCAGACUAGGAUGGGAGACCCACCUUGUGACCAGCACUAGUGGCCAGGAUGCACCCAGACAGCUUUGACAGCUGUGUGACACCUGCGAAGGUGCUCACAACAUAGCGCUGGAGCCCCCGGGAGGUGGCUACUGUCCGCCCUUUGGAGAGCCACUGCACCAAGGCACAGGAGCCCUACCGCAGCAAUUGUCUGGCAGCCCUACACCUGUGUACCUUUCUCUCUCGGCAUUUCCUCCACCAAUAAAAGCUAUGACUUCGCCACACGACCUUGCUUCUUUCUUGCCAGGGACCCCUUUUCCUCACGAGUAUGACCUUUGCUCUGUUAGCCUCUGAGAGGGGGAGUGGAUAGCAAGGUGGACGAUUUCUGGGCUGGUGGCCCCUCCAUGCUGUGUUGACACAGGCUGGUUUUACUGUGAGGGGGCAGCAAGCACAAGUGGGGUGGCCAUGCUGUAUGGGGUGGUCAUUUAGGAAGAACUGGUGACAGAGAGAGCAUGAAGGGAAAGGCAAAAUACAGUCAACCUCAUGUUACGCCUGCUUCAUGUUACGUUCUUUCAGGUUAUGUCCCGCGGCGACACGGAAGUACCGGAAAGGGUUACUUCCGGGUUUCGCCACUCACGCAUGCGCAGAAGCGCAAAAUGACAUCACGCACAUGCACAGAAGCGGCGAAUCACAACCCGUGCAUGCGCAGAUGUGCCACUGUGGGUUGCGCUGUUUUCAUGUUGCAAAUGGGCCUCUGGAACGGAUUCCAUUCGCAACCAGAGGUACCACUGUAGCAGGAGAGGUUGACCACAUGGGCUGCCGGUGGAGAGGAGUGGGCAGAAAGGGCUGUUUGUGCCUCUGGAUUGCUAAACAGUGCCCACAUGACUUGAUUGUGACUGAGUAGUAGGCGUUCCCUUUUUGCCUUUUGGAGUGGCUGUGAUUGCUGGGCGCGCUGGCAGUCCUGCUGCGGACAUUGGGGAUGCUUCUGUUGAGAUCAGGGUGUUCCUUUCAUCCUGUUCAGGAUGAGUGCAGGAUAGACGUGCCGCAGGAGUUGUGGCUGCAUCUCCCUCCCCCGGCACGUUGGAGUACAGGACAGCUCUCCCAAGUCCCCCCGCAUAAAUGAAUACAAAUAAACUGUUCCAAAGUUUGAUUUUAUCUGGGUGUUAUUUAUUUACAGAAAUUUCAAGUGCUUCUUACGAAGUCUCUGUUGGCAGGCGCCGUUCAUCAGUGGAGAAAGCUUCAGAAUAAAGAAGCAGGGAUGCGGAUUUUUUCCAACUCUCCCAUCUUCUUGCACUGUGAGAGUUUUUGCCCAAAUCUUUAUGGAGCAGUAGCUCAUUCUGCCCACAGAUCCAUUGAUUAAAGUGAGAAUAAUGCUAAUGAGGGACACGGAGAAAUAUAUCCUUUCAGUUAUUUACAGUUUUCAUAUCAGUUAAAUAUGCAUAUAUAAGACUAGGGAGGCUGAUGUAUUAAUGGAAGUCAAGAGUUUUAACAGAUCUGAAACCUAAGCUUCUCUGACAUGGGUGGGGAACCUGUGGCAUGCCGGCCAAAUUAGACCCAGCACAUGUUCCAGGUUGGGCCAUUUUCCCCAAACCACACCCACCUACCAUACACCUAAAAUAUCAAAUUAUAGAGUAGGGAGGUCCCACAAGGGUCAUCUAGUCUAAUCCCCUGCAGUGCACGAAUCUUUCACCCAUCUGGGAUGAAGAGUCUCAUGCUCCACCAACUGAGCCAUCCAGCCUGAUCAAAUGAUUGCUGUGAUAACCCCUAGAAAACCCCUUCCAUUGAUUGCAGUCAGUGAAGCAGCAGGGACAGCAACAGGAAUGCAGGUGGGGAAGAAUUUAGGGCUAAUUUGAUUGAAUGUGGACUGGAACUCAUUUUAGAGCUGGCUCAGGAGCAGCAAAAGUAGUGACUCACUCUCUUGGCUACCAUUGCACUGGCUUAUUGUCAUCUUUUUCUGGGUAGCUGAAGAACACAAAGUAAAUCGGCUUCGUGCUGGAAGGAACGAGUACUUGGUGGCCUUCUGCAAUAUAUUUGCGUGGCACUUUGCCUAUAAAAUUGUUCACAUCUGGCUCCGAUUUGGACGCCACAGCAUACUGUAUUGUAUAACAGUCCCGGGAAGCGUCCAUGGCUUCUCCCUUUUGCAGUUGUUUAGAUGAGUUUCAGUUGCUGCAGGCUGGAGAUAAAUGGCCAGAGUUUGCACAGCUGUUUAUCCUGUGACCUGUUCUUUAGAACGUUGGCCAUCCAGGCUAAUUUUAGUUUGCUGGGCUGAGUUUUAUGGUAAAUCCUUUAGGAAGCAGUUGGGGAUAUUAAAAGAUACGCACAUUUGGUGGUUGCUAGAUCAGGGCUAUCCCUUUAUUGAUGUCUUCCAUAGGGAACUCCUUCCCAAGAGGAAUGUGCCUGGCAAACUUGUUUGUAGGGAGUUUUUUAAAUACAAAAAGGAGUAAAAGAGCUUUGUCUUCAGCAGAGGUUUUGUGGCCUGGACGAGGUGCUUAUAGUUCUGUAAGUUUGUGUACGUUUGGCUGAAAACUUGUUAAUUCUGUUGCAACUAAAAAUGACAGUCAAUUGCCUAUUUUAAUUAGGAUUUCCUUGCAUUAAUUGAGCUAUUUAUUAAUAAAUAAUAACAAAAUUUUAUUUAUAUCCCGCCCUCCCCAGCCAAAGCCGGGCUCAGAGGGGCUAACAACAGCAAAAGUAACACAGUUUACAUAAAAUCACAAUCAGUUAAUUGAAAUACAUUCUGAAAUCAAUUUAUUCUGAAAUCAAUUCGGAAUCAAAUUAAUGGCAACCAUUGGGCUAGAGUUCUAUGAGGAUUACCAAAGGAGAGGGUCAGACUGUGGCUUGGCCAAAGGUGCUUCAAGAGCCCAUUGAAUGAAUAAGAACAGAAUGAACAAAUGCAUGUAGUUCUGCACAGGUAUUAAAGACCGCAAUCCUAAGUACACCUAACUUGGGGAUACAGUGAGGCAUGCUUCUAAGUAAGCAUACAUAGGAUUGUGCUGUAUGUGUCUUCAGCCUAAUAUUUCAGUGAGAUUUAAGAAGAUGAACGUUAUAUAAAGCCACCUUGAAUCAAGUCACCCUUAAUCGCAAGUACACAUGGUUACGGCUCGGCUGAAAGGUUUCUAGGGCUGCCUUUUGGCAAAUAAGCACUGUUUUGUCUGGAUCUGGAAUAGUUCAAGAUUGACAGGAACCAAGCUGUGCUUAAGGACUGAGUGUGGUUUAUCUAACCCUCCUGGCAAACAAAAACAUUGCCUCAUGCUUGGUCUCUUGCCACAGAGCACACACUAGGUGAAAAUAAUCACAUAGAGUUGCUGGCAGCGGUUGGUCCACCUGGGGGCUGAAACAGCUUUUAUGGCCCUUCCUGUUGCAUAUUUGGUGGCCAAGUAUCAAAGUGAUAUUCUUAGGAAGUGCUCCUCCAGGUCUUUAAGCAGCGUUGUUUGAAGUGCUUAACACACAACUGCUGUCUGUUGAUUAGGCUAGCAGCCAGUUUGUAUCUUAGGAGAUACUGCCUAAUAAAGAUGCUCUUCAAAGCCUCGUUUGUGUAACUUAAUUCUUACCCAACCACUAUUCCCCCCACUACUUUAUGGUUUGUCUGCUCUACUUCCUCUCCCAAUAUACACCAGUGUAGGCUCUUGUUUAUGGGAUGCUAUAAAAGGAGCACAAAACAAUAACCAAAUAUUCCUGUUUAUGUAAUCUUGUUGAGUUUCUCCUCCAAGGCUGUUCUUUGCUAGCUAUGUCAGCUCGCAUUCCAAAGGAGACUAGCAGCCUGGUUUUAAUCACGCUCAUUCAGAAAUCUCACCAAGGGCCAAACCACCUGUCCUUGUCUUUCUCUCUCCCCUCCCCAUGCAGCACUAACAGGGAUUAUGAAGCGGGUGAGGGGAGCGGAAAUCUGAAAAUGAACACAGAACCAAAAUAUUAAAUUCUCCUUCCGCUGUGGCUGAUGGUUGCUCCUGUUUCUUUUGGCUCCCUCUUAUUAAUUGCAUUUUUAUUGUGUAUUGUAUUGUCUUUUUUUUUAAUGUUUCAAGCUGCCUUGUGAAAAAGCAGGGUUGUAUUUACAAAAUAAGAUGCUCACACCCUCCCCCAGAGCGCCCCUUCCAUAGUCUUCAUCCCACGGGGAUGCUAUUCAGAAGGAGAGCACCUAACCCAGUUCAGGUCUCCAAUGUCCAUUGGAGUACCUAGGGCUUGACCACCUCCAGGGGCACAGGCCCAGUGGGGCGCAGAAAACGUGCCUCUCCACUCUUCCUAGCCCACUCCUCUGCAGCUCUGGGUGGCUGGGUGAGGCGUGCAGGCUCCUUUGGGUGUCUCAGCGGAGGAAUCCGGUUGCUGGCAUUGGCUGUCACAGUAGCCCCACAGAGUCUUCUGAGAAUUACCAACUCCCUCAUGCUUCGGGUACUGGCUUGGAAACAAGACAUAGAUGUGCAGAGAAUGGAGGUUAUUCCAUAGGACAGAGCUUUCUAAACUUUUCAUGUUGGUGACAUGCAUCCCUUUGCGACAUAGUAAUUCAGUUUUACUUAGUGAACUAACCCCUUUCCAUCCUCGGGAAGAGCACAGGGAACGUUCACGUGACACACCUACACACUUCAGCCAACACACUAACGUGUCGCAGCACACAGUUUGGAAAGCUCUGCCACAGGACUUACCUCUGUCCUACUUCUCAGGUGUUGAGUCAAAGCCAAUUUAGAAAGCAGCUGAAUGAACUCAUAUGUUCAUUUUAGUUUAUUCCCCGUGUUAAUCCCAAAGACUUGUGGUAGGUAACAGAGAAAAGAAAACUGAAGAUAUAUCCCUUCUUAAUUUAGCUUCAGCCUAAUUAAAAUAGUCAAAAGUGUAACAGAUGUUAGGACCUGCAGGUUUCUGCCUGGUUCUUUGCUUCCCAAACACCAGAUGGAAGAAGAGGGCAACAUCAAUUUAUCAAACAAACAAGCAAAAAAGUAGAAGGCCAGAAAUAGUGCAAGCACAGCUCAUUUAUACAUUUUUUUUUAAAAGUAAAGCUGAUCUGUAAACAAUAUGAUUUUUAUACUGCUCUGCAAUAAUGCAAUUAUCACAGUGGUGAAUGAAAAAAAUACAAUGAAGCUUGUUGGCAUGCGCCUGCCUCAAGAGACAAUGGAUUGCGCCUCUAUGCACUGAAUUCACCGAAGUGACCUCCCCAGGGCGCAAGAUCCAUGCACCUCAGCCUCUCUGAUGUGGUCCAAAGGGAAGCAGAACGAUACAUUUGGCACCAGCUUGGCUGCAGGAGUUGCCAGAAGGAGGCGUGCAAAGCGUUAUCCAACCUUCUUAGGGACUCCUCCAGAUUUGUGCAGGGCUUAGCCUUUUCUCCACCCGCCCCAGAAAAGUGAAACAAAUAGUCUGCAACCUGAAAUGCAGUACAGUGGUGCCUCGCAAGACGAAAUUAAUUCGUUCUGCGAGUUUUUUCGUCUUGCGAAGCACGGUUUCCCAUAGGGUAUUAACGGUUUUAAGAAAAAGGAAACAAACUUGCAAGACGUUUUCGUUUUUCGUCUUGCGAAGCAAGCCCAUAGGGAAAUUCGUCUUGCGAAGCAACUCAAAAAACGAAAAACUCUUUCGUCUUGCACGUUUUUCGUCUUGCGAGGUACCACUGUAGUUUGGCACCCAAUUUCCCCCAAUCGAAAGGGUUAUCCUCUGUAUCAAACCCGAGGGGGAAAGCAUUGAGAGUGGUAUUGCUCAGAGGGUAACAUGUGGGCAGUGCAAUUUAAAUUGGAAUGCAAAGUGCUGUAAACACACAAUAAACUCAGGUGUGGACAAGUCUCAGUACUUCCUGCUUAACUCUUUGUUGUUUUGGUGACAAACUACAGUCAUAUCUCGGGUUGAAAUUGCUUCAGGUUGAGCUUUUUCAGGUUGCGUUCUGCGGUGACCUGGAAGUAACGGAACGUGUUACUUCCGGGUUUCGCCGCUCGCACAUGCGCAGACGGUCAAAAUGACGUCAUGAGCAGAAGCAGCGAAUCGCGGGUUGCGUUUGCUUCAGGAUGCGAAUGGGGCUCCAGAACAGAUCCCGUUCGUAUCCAGAGGUACCACUGUACAUGCUUUGUUAAUCGUGCUUUCAAAAAAAGUGUGCUUAGCCUUUUCACUUUUAUUUUGAAACCAAAUCAGACCAGGGGGCCUAAUCCAGGCAUAGGCAAACUCGGCCCUCCAGAUGUUUUGGGACUACAACUCCCACCAUCCCUAGCUAACAGGACCAGUGGCCAGGGAUGAUGGGAAUUGUAGUCCCAAAACAGCUGGAGGGCCAGGUUUGGCCACCACUGUGUUAGAAGUACUGCUAGUCUGUGGCAAGUGCAUGUUAAAUUUCAAAGUUGUUACUGUGUUUUGUAGUUGUUGAGGGGAGCCCUUAGUAUUUUUGUGUGUGUGGGUGAAGUGGGUUAGUUUUGGUGAAGUGGGUUAGUUUUGUUUCUUAUGAGAUAUGCAGAGUGGCAUUGGCUGCUUGUGCUACAUCUUUUGUGGACGGCGGAGUUGGGAGCUGUGGCUAUUUGUUGUGGUGUUUUGUAACUGCUGCAUUUCGGCUUCAUAUAGAUAGCCAAACAGAUAGGCUUCUGAUCGAUGUAUUGUCACGUGUGGUGGGAACUGAUUUCACAGUGUCUUAAAAGUCAGCAAAUGCGUUUUACCUGCCGGUACGAAAGAGGGUGAUUACUCACCCCCUGGUUAAGUUCAUUUUCAGUUGUUCUCAGUUUUGCCACACCUCAGUCAAGCUAGCUAUACCAGAAAUCAUUGGGGGGGAGGGGCAUAAAUUAAACCCAUAACUGUUCUUGAAACCUAAUUUUAGCAACCUUUUCUGAUCUUCCCUGGCUUAGCACCAAAGCUUGCCUUGCAAAAAUAAAUGAGGCAGUGGAGAGCUUGCGCGCUGCCCUGCAAAGUCCUCUGAGGGUGAAUUCCAGGGAAUCCCCCUCCAGCCCACUCAGCCCUGACACAAGAAACAUGGAGUGCCAAGAAAGGCGGCUUUGUUGAGGCUGACAAAGGCAGCUUUGUGGGUGGAACAGCUUUGUCUUUAUCUUCUCUCUCCCAUUAUCUCUCCAGAUCAUCCUCUCUCUGCCCCUGUCUGCCACCCUCUGGUUUUCCUCUCCAGCACUCCCAGUAUCUGUACCCUCCCUCUGUUCCAAGUCAGUUCCUUACAGCUUCUCUCCCAUCCAUCCCACUUCCCUUUAUCUUUUACAACCCAUCUUCUUCUGUUUUGGGAGAAAUGGCAAGCCUGGUGGAGUGUUGGUUGCUUUGUGCUUCACGGAAAGCUGCACUGUUUGCAGCUGUGUGGGCGUUUGUCGGGUUUCACUUUAUGCGGUAUUCCUUGUAUUCUGUAAUUUCUGCCUUUUGGUGCAUUGUUGCACCGUGAAUUGACUUUUCCUUGCUAGAAUCAAAGAAUCAUAGAGUCAUGGAAUUGUAGAGAUGGAAGGGACCCCCAAGGGUCAAAUAGUCCAACCCCCAGCAUUGCAGGAAUCUCAGCUAAAGCAUUCAUGACAUAUGGCCAUCCAAUUUCUGCUGAAAAACUUCCAAGGAAGGAGAGUCCACAACCUCCCAAGGGAGUUCGUUCAACUGUCAAACAGCUCUUACCAUUAUAAAGUUCUUCCUGAUGUUUACUUGGAAUCUUCUUUCUUGUAACUUGAAGCCAUUGGUUCGAGCUCUACCCUCCAGAGCAGGAGAAAACAAGUUUGUUCCCCCUUCUAUGUGACAACCCUUGAGAUAUUUGAAGAUGGCUGUCAUAUUUCCUCUCAGUCUCCUUUUUUCCAGGCUAAACAUACCCAGUUCCCUCAACCGUUCCUCAUAAGGCUUGGUUUCUAGACCCCUGCUCAUCUUGGAUGCCCUGCUCUGCGUACAUUCCAGCUUGUCAAUAUCCUUCUUAAGUUGUGGUGCCAGAAUUGGACACAGUAUUCCAUGUGUGGUCCGACCAAGGCAGAAUAGAGUGGUACUGUGACUUCCUUUGAUCUACACACUAAACUUCAGUUGGUACAGCCUAGAAUAGCAUUGGCUUUCCCCCCUGCUGCGUCACACUGUGGACCAGUGUGGUGUAGUGGUUAGAGCAGUGGACUCGUAAUCUGGUGAACCGGGUUCGAUUAGCUGCUUUGAGACUCCUUAGGGUAAUGAUAAAGCAGGAUAUCAAAUCCAAACUCCUCUUCUUCUUCGUGUUAAGCUUGUGGUCCACCAGGCUUAUCACCUGUUGACUCCCAAAGCUAGAUCCUUUUCACAUGUACUGCUGGUAAGAGUCCCGGUGUUUUCUCCAUUAGCUGUUUAAAGGGAAGCAAAGCUCUACAACUCCCAGCCCUGGCAAGCCUUCAGGGCUGAAGUUGACUCUGUGCCACCAGACCCAAAGAACCUGCGGCCAGGAAGACGAAAAGCCCCCUUUCCACCUUCUAGUACUUCAGGAGCAGAAGGAAGCACAUUUCCACUCUGGGAAGAUGCCAGGGGUAGUUUCUCUGUGAUGCACAUAGUUAUUUUAUUCCAGACCGGACCAAACUAAACACUAUGUUAAGUCCCUUAAAAAUUAAAAAAAGCAAAUAGCAUCACUGGGCAUGGGAGCGCAGGUAAUUUUCAGAAUCACAGCAGGUGGAAAGGGGGAAGUUAUUAUUUAUUACAUUUUAUUACCAACCUUAUACUCUAAGGUCCUAGGAUGAGUGGCAACAAUGAAAACACAGCAGUACACAAAAACGUUUUAAAGUAACUUAAAAUUACAGGAAAAAGGUGGGUCCUAAAAAUUAACGUAAAUGAUUUAACCCUUUCUUCCCUGAUGCAGCCUAUUGAGAUCAGUGCGGGUUUUUCUUUCCCAGGACUCAAAACAAAAAGUAGUAUUUUCCAGGAGUUCAUUGUGCUGGGAUGCCACUUUUGAUUAUUCAAGGCUAUGCAUAGCGUUAGUGUCCGUGCUUAAGGGCUACAUUGGUGGCACGAAAACACUCUUAACAUCGUAACAUCAAGGUAAUGAACAGCUGGAGUUUUCUACCUGCUUCAAUUGUAGCACGCAGGGGUGAGCUAUAUCAAAGUUUUCAUUUUCUCUGUACAGCUUGAUUUAAUGAUGCAAUUACGAGUAAGCAUAGGAGAAGUAGGCAAAAAGCAGUGCCAUAAGAAAGGGGAAAGAGCACAAUCCAUGCAAGCAGCCAAUUAUGCACUUUAAUAAUUCAGCGGGUUUUGCACUAAUUGGCUGGAAAGUAAAUACUAUUUGCAUAAGUGUAGUGUGCCAUUAUUUAUCCACUGCGAGAAAUUGAGCUUUAAUUAAGACAAAAGCCCGUGGACUUUUCAGCAAUUAAUGAAAUAUAUUGCGUUCUUGAACCAGUCAGGUACCAAACGCUUGUGUCCCUUAAGGCGCGAGAAGAUUUAUGUUGCAAUACAGAGCAGCAGCUAUUGCAUGCAGACUUCAUUUUAGUUUCGUUGGGGGCGGGUGGGAGAAGGGGGGAUCCAUUCCGCUUACAAAUGAAGUACCCUAGUUGCUGGACUGUUUAUAUCCUUGCACCAAGGGAGCCAUGAUUCUGUGUUGAGAAUAAAUUGUACAGAUGGAUGAGGUUGUUCUGCAUAACAUAGUUCCAAAGAGCAUGAUCGCUCUUUGCAUUUCCACGUAAUUUUGAACUUUGGAGAAAAUGGUGGCGUGUAGCAGGAGGAAGCCUUUGUAAGUAGCACAGAGGUAACAGAGAGGAUAUGAGGGAGGGGGAAAAGUGUGAUAGAAAGCCAUGGAAGAAGUAGCUAUGCCGGGCAUAUUAGAAACCUUUCUUCUGAACACUGAGGCCUUCGGUUUACAUUCACUUUGUUUUAGGGAUAGUUUCUUAAGAGUUCCCACAUUCUCUUUUUGUACAAUGCAUCUGUUCUUUCUUCCCCUCUUGCCCACUUACAGGUUGCCCCCAUUACAGGAAUGGUUUUAUCUCAGCUGCUCAGUCAUUUGUCACAUCUUGUUAUUCAUGAGUAAACGAUGGGUAGCUAAUCUGUGGAGUGAACAAGUAGUAAUUUUGAGAGCUGAGUUGUUGGCAGAGUGAGGUUUGGAGUGAACAAAUGACUACUCUUGAGGCAUAGGGAAUCAAAUAAGUAGGACACAAGUCAGAAAGGUUUCAGUGGGGGGAAGCAUGGACCAAUGAUACCAAAUAGUAUGGGAAACAGUCAUGUUAGAAAAACUAACCAAUAAACUGAAACUGACAAGGGGACAAAUAGAAGAAGAUGCCUUCACCCCAGUAUGGCUCCCCUUUAUCACAUACACAGCCCAACAAGACAAUGACAAGAAUCCGCCAACAGCAUACGAAUCAAUAUGGCUAACCUGAUUCAAAAACACCCACCCACCCCACUCACACAUGAAAACAAAGUACACCACAGCCAAUCACAAACAAACAACCACACCCUAGGCCAGGGGUCAGCAAACUUUUUCAGCAGGGGGCCCGGUCCACUGUCCCUCUGACCUUGUGGGGGGCCAGACUGUAUUGGGGGGUGGAUAAUGCAAGAGCACCACGAGCCCCGGUGGCUGAUUACCUGUGUCUUGCGAGCGGCAGGGGCUGGCAGCGGUGAAGGGACGAUGAGUGGUGCGAAAGGGCUGGCUCCGGAGAGGGGCUGCUUAAAAUUGCACUCAGCCAACCGCAGCUCAACAAAGCCCAGCCCCCUUCCUCCUCUAGGCAGGGCGGGGAGAAGCCAGGAGGAGGGAGGGAGGAGGCGCCGCCGCCGUGUGAGGGAGAGGGAAAGAACAUGUGCGCUGGCGAUCCACAUGGCGAUUCCCAGACCACCCGUGGGCCAGAUCCACAUGGCGAUUCCCAGACUAUCCGCGGGCCGGAUCCAGAAGGCAAUUGGGCUUGAUCUGGCCCGCGCGCGGGCCUUAGUUUGCCAACCCAUGCCCUAGGCCAACCCCAGCCUCUCUCACCACCAAAGGAACACAAGCAAAUAGUAAAGAGAAUCUGCACAAUCGACGCUGACACAAAACCCCACACAUACAAUAAGUAAAAUAGAAACAUUGCCACCCGACCCCACCCACUUUUGUAAACCAAGAAAUCUUUAAUAAAAAAAAUGUGGUUUUUUUUUAAAAAAAGAAAGGUUCCAGUGUUUUUGUGUUACGUCUUCCUCUCAUGGUUGCAGGAGUCACUCAGCAAAGAGCUCCGGAAAUUCACUCCAAAAUCUCCUGGAAACUUGUGCCUGCAUGUUUGCAAGCGUAUCUCUGCAAUCAGAAAGGGCUGCUGACCAGAUGUGAGAGUCCAUUCAACAUUUGGCACUGGCGAUGCUUCCUGUAACAUUUGAAGCCACCCAGACUCUUACUUGACAGCCAGAGUUACAUUUCUGAAUUUGCUAUUUGAACCUGAAACUAAAACCAAGCUUGUACAUAAGGAAACAGUUGUGAUGAUGGAAGAUAAUAAAGGAAAGAUUUUAGCACCUUAAAACUGAUUAGGUAACAUGAUUAAAAUUACCCUGGCAAGCUCUUCGAAUCCAGUCUAAGAUCACAGCUCCCUUGGAAAGUGGUGGACACCCCUUCCUUGGAAGUUUUUUAGCAGAGGUUGGAUGGCCCUCUGUCAUGGAUACUUCAGUUGAGAUUCCUGCAUUGCAGGGGUUGAAAUGGAUGACCCUCUGGGUCCCUUCCAACUCUACAGUUCUCUGAUUCUUUUUAUAUUUGCAGUAUUGUGCUUAUUUAAUAUAAAACCUCCAAAGAUGAUUAUUUUUGUCUGACUCAAGUGCAUUUUUUUAAAUGUAUAUAUGUUUAGGAGACCAAAGGACCAGAAGCAUUCUGCAGCCCCGCUCUCAUCUCCACAGUGGAUGCAUCUUGCGGUUGUAGCAUGUGGCGACCGGCUGGAAGAAACUCUGGUCAUGCUGAAAUCAGCAGUUCUCUUUAGCUACAGGAAACUCAAAUUUCACAUCUUUGCUGAGGAUUCCCUGAAACCUGAAUUUGAGAGGAAAGUGAGUCCCCUGCACUAUUUUCUUUCUUUCUUUCUUUCUUUCUUUCUUUCUUUCUUUCUUUCUUUCUUUUUAAAGAAACGCCAACCAAAUCUAGAUCUUUGAUUAUAAGCUUGCAGAUUCACUUGGAAAUGCUCUGACAGCCACAAGUUAAUGAGCAGAUAAACUCUUUUCUAGUCGUAAGCCCUCAAUAAACCUCUGCCUGAGUAAGAGCUUUGUUUUAAUUUGUUUGACUUCGUAGAGCAAUAGCAUUUCCCACAAAACAGCCUCUCAGGAAUUCUAAUCCCCCUCACUUUCCUCCUUGUGCUUUUCAGCUACAGGAAUGGCCCCCUUCGUACACAAAGAAGUUUGAAUAUAAUGUCUACCCAAUCGCCUUUUCAGUGGGAAAUGCUCAGGAAUGGAAAAAAUUAUUCAAGCCAUGCGCUGCCCAGCGGCUCUUUCUCCCGGUAAGGCACUUGGGCGAAGGCCACAACCCUAGCCCCACUUACCUAGGAGUAAGCCACGUCAAAUUCAGUGGGACAUUCUUCUGAGUAGAUGUGCUGAGGACUGCAGCCUGAGGUAGCUGAACCCAAGAAACUGCAUUGGCCUUAGAAAUGUUGAGACCUCCCUCGUGCCCAAAUUGAAAUGGUCUGUUUGCUUGCGGACCUGUCAAACAGCCGUCUUACGCCGUCUUUCCGAAAGCCCAGCAAGGUGCCAGUCUCAGUGAUGUUUUGUUUCGUUUUAUGUUGGGGAGCACUUAAAAAGCCCCCCUUCUUAAGGCCCUGGCAGGUGAGGGUUUUGCUCCACAGGAGUGACCGGUGCUUCCUUCCCAAUUAAUGCUCAUUUGUGUUCAGUGUUCAGGUUUUUAACAUCAUGGCCCUAACACUCACCUGCUAUUUACUGGUGCAUGCAGAGAAGCAGACAGCUGGCAAGAUUGAGGUGCUUUCAGCUGUAGCAGAGUUGGGUCGCAGAGGCUGACAAGCAAGCUGGCAGUAGCCAAAAGACCACCUCCUUCCCAUAAGACCCCCUCGGGUGCUAAGGUCGACAGAAUGGAGCACUCUUGGUUCCAUUCACCCUCAGAAGCACCUCAUUACUCUAGCAUUUGACACACAAGAAGUAUACGGUACAAUCACAUCUUACACUUGCAAGGGUUCCAUAUAUGCACAAACUCAAAAAAACCCAGGGGAUUCUGGAGCUGGUUUCAGGUCCCUGGGGAUGCUCUUGCAAGAUCUCACAGAACCAUCUGAGAUCUCGUGGGAGCAUCCCAAACUUGGCAUGCUGAGAGGGCCUUUCUUGCCAAGCAAGGUGGAGAGCCUAAAAGCUCCUUUUUUCCUACACUGAGUUUUUCUGGAGCAAAAAGAGCUUUUAAUCUCUCCGCCUUGCUUGCAUUUAAUUUGCAGUUUUUUUCAGUCAGCACCCCUCAACCGCUGUUGAAAUUGUGCGAGUAAAAUGUGCAUAAGGCAUUUUUGGGAGCCACCCUGUUUUUUUUGUGAUUGAAUUUUUAAUUGCAAGUUUCGAAACUGCAUUAUAAAUUGUGGAAACCUGCCCUGGUCCCUUAGGGCGAAAUAGUUGUAACAAUAGCUAGUCUGUAACGGUGCUCGUCUGAUGUAAAGAUCUGGGACCACACAUCACAGGAGCCGGAGCCAAGACUUAAGGCUAAGUGGCAGGGCCUAGGCCAGAGAGCACGUAACCCGGGCUGUUCUUUCCUCCAGCACUGAUCUAAAACCUACUGUGAUCUGAAACACUCUGUUGUUGAACAGAGCGCUGCUGUGCUUCUGAGGCCAUGCACUCCAGCAAGAUUGGCGUGACCCCUGCAGUCUCUGGGAUUGAUGCGCGGCGAAUAUUUGACACCUAGAAAAAUGUUGUACAGUGUGCUCGGAGUAUGUAUUUGGAAGCUUCCAGUUGGAGCAGAGGUUUCUGUCUUCUUCCUCUCUUUAAUUCAGCUGAGAUGGCUUCUUAGCCCCAUGUGCACACAUCAAGGCAAAACAAAAAGAUGAGUAAAGGCGAAACAGCAUUCUUUUAAUCUGGCCAGUUCUGUUGUUGCUGCUUGCUACACUUAUGUGGACUUGCCUUGCCCAGCUUUGGUCUUCUGCGGGCCUUCUUUAAAAAAGGAGGGGUAUGGAAAACAGAUGCUCCACCACUGAGCUACAACUCUUCCCCACAACCUUAAGUUUAACCUAAAACUAUUGGAUAAAGGUGCCGACUCUGGGGUUGCAAUGCUCAUCUUGCUUUAUUGGCCAAGGGAGCCAGGGUACAGCUUCCGGGUCAUGUGGCCAGCAUGACUAAGCCGCAUCUGGCAAACCAGAGCAGUGCACGGAAACGGCGUUUACCUUCCCGCCAGAGCAGUACCUAUUUAUCUACUUGCACUUUGACGUGCUUUCGAACUGCUAGGUUGGCAGCAGCAGGGACCGAGCAACAGGAGCUCACUCCGUCACGGGAAUUCGAACCCCCAACCUUCUGAUCGGCAAGUCCUAGGCUCUGUGCUUUAACCCACAGCGCCACCCGCGUCCCUUUUAAAAACUAUUGUGACAAACCUGCAAAUUCUGUACCUUGCUAGCAGGCAGAUGCUCCAACUUCUCAUUAGGCAUAGCAAGCACGCAGCAGCAGCAGCAGCAGCAGCAGUUUUACAUAUGAUGCCUGCCCAAGCAUACAGAGAACAUCAUGAAGUUAUUAACUAACUUCCUCACUGCAAAACCUGGAACUGGAGCCUUAUCAACAAACACCCACCUGGGAUGAAUUGUGGACAGCGCUGGUCGUUCCCAGGAUAUAUCUCAAGAGAACAAGCUGGCUCAUAUGUACUAUAGAGAGCGAAAAGGUCCCAGAACGUUGGCAUUCCGCAACCAGAGAUGUUUUCUUCGAAGAACCGCGGCAUCAAAUUACAGUUUCAGCCCAUGUCCUUGCUUCUUGCUGCUUGUUUCAAGGAACGGUUCCUUCGUUUUGAAAUAAUAGUUUUAGUUGCCAGUCAAUAAAAAGCACAGUUUGUUUCUCUCCCCUCCUCCAUCCCUCCAGUAUACUGUAAUAAGUACUAUGUGUUUUCUGACAGACAUAAUAUGUUAUUUUCUCACAACAUAGCCCUUAUUUUGGAGCUCUUUGAGUGGCAACCCUAUCACCAGCCCAUAGCUAUCAUAUGUAAAGAUGGGAGUGAAUUUUGGUCAUGCCUGCCUUUUAAGCAACAAAUAGUUCUCUGUCACAGAUUGGUUGCCAGUGCAUGGACUUAAAGGGGGGGGGGUGUCCUCUGCUUAUAGCAGCUUUGUGACAGGGGAAGUAUGCUGUCUUCUGUCCCUGCAGCACUGCAACAGGGAAAGUCACAACUACUAACCCUCUCCCAUCAUAAAUCUGCUAAAGGCAUAUAAGAGCUUACCCUCUGACCAGGAGCCAGGAACCAGUGCCAUGGGGUUGUUUUAAUUUUAGCAAAACCUAAUGAUCUCAGAGUUCUUAGCUCUUGCUUGGCCAAAUCUUUGAUUAACUGGAUCUCAUCCAAGGAAGAGUUUGGCCAUUCUAGGAGGGGUUUGCCUUAAUAAACCCAUGCUCAAACACCUGUCCCUAAAUUGCCUAGCCUUAAAGUUCAUCCAACGAUAUUUGACUAGUCUCAAAUGUUGGUGCGUUUAAAACGGGGCGGGGAAUGGUGAUACUGGAGAGGCCACAAUAAAUGGCAGUCGUGACUUUGCUAGAAGUUUUCUAGAUUCUGCUGCAACAAUACGUAUGUGUUGGAGAAACUGGGAAAGAAUCUGUGCAAAAUAAUGAGGGUGUGGGGAAAGCUGUGAAAGAAGCGCAAUUUGUGUUCAGAAUUGUGCCGCAGAAGUGACACCAUUGUCAUAAGUGGAGUAAAGCACAUUGUCUUAAUUGCAGCUUUUCUGUAGAAGUGUCUCCUGUACAGAACACUAACUUACUCUACCAGUUGUGGAGCAUGUGCCGCAGAUCAAAAACAAAGCCAAAGAUAAAGCAAAGUUUUUUUAAAAAACCAAAAAUGCCUCUCCAUAUCCAUUAAAUAGGCUGGAAUAUUUUCUCCAGAAUGGGUUGUCUAAAUUAUUUAUUGAUGCAUUCCAAUAGUCUGUAUCAGGGAUGUCCAACCAGUAGAUCGCGAUCUACCGGUAGAUCCCUGGCAGAACCUGGUAGAUCUCUGGAUCCUUAUCGUGUACAAAAAGUUAUGGGGAAAAGCUUAAAAACACUGUGCAGUCUUCCCCCCAAAAAACUCAAUAACCCUGGGCAAUCCACCUACCCUAUGCACACGCCUCCUCCCUCCAAUGACAAUGGGUAGGCCACUGCCAGUUUUUUUAUACUGGGAGUAGAUUGCAGUCUCUUGGGAGUUGGACAUGCCUGGUCUGUAACUUCCAAUAAAACAGAUAUUAAUUUUAUUUAAGAGCCAAAGUACUGAUUACUUAUUUUUGUUUAUUCCCACCCUUUUCUCCCUGCCCUGCCCCCACUUUCAUGCUUGGAAGCUUUGGGCAAUAAUAUCUUGAGCACCUAAUUGCAGAAGUGGAAAAUGCACUUAUUAAAUUUGAAAUUCAAAUACUGAGACCUCAAGGGUAAUCUAAUGACAAUCAAGGCUUUUCCUCUGCUGAAUAUGUCCCAUGAGUGUCUUUUUAGCAAAGUAAAUGUGGCCACACACUUUGAGGCAUGCUAUUUUUAUGCCAAUUUAAAAGCGCACGGGUUUGUUAUGUGUCGCAUUCUCUUCUUCCAAGGUGAUGUACAUGGUACAUCCACUCUCCCUGUUGCAGGUCUAGGGAAGAGUGGGAGACUUCCCCAAUACCGCCAUGUGCACUGCAUAGAGUGGGAAUUUCAACCACGGUUUCUUCCCACACCUGAGCCAUUCUGCUGGCCAUCGAAUAAAAGAGUUUUGUGGGAAAGAAGGCAAACAAAGGGAGGGAUUUUCUGCAUCAUUAGGAGAGAAGGAAAGUAAAAUGGGAAAGAGACACUCCGCUGCUUUUGAAGAAAUAUUGAAACCUCCCCACACAAGUUUUUUUUUAAUAAUGUAAUUACUGAAAUUAUGAAUGGAUACGUACAGAACCAAGUGUCCACAAGAGGGCACACUGUGAACAAGAAUCAACAGCCUGAUUGUUAUUAUCCCUUUCGAGAUAUCCAGGUAACUCGUGCAUCAAUCUUAUCUCAUUUCCAGCACUUCGAACGUUACUUUGAAAAGCCACUGGCCACUGCCAGUCAGAGUAGACAGAGCUGCGUAGAUGGACCAGAGUUCUGAAUAUGUUCAAAUAAUUAUUUUAUUUUUAUUUUUAUUUUUUUGCUAAUUCUACAUUCAGACCACACAGUGCAUUCUGGCCAUUUAGCAAGGUUCUUUUUUUGGAGUAAUUCAUGUGAUCAGGCAGGCGGUGGCAAUUAUCAGAAGGCAGCCUGAAAACAUGAAAAUCUUUAUCACAAAUGUGCCUCUUCACAGGGUGGUCUUUCCCUUGCCUGAAAUGAGGACCACCAUUUAAAAACCCACUGUGCAGCCAAGCUGUUACCUGGUUAUAUGAGUUGGCCCCAUCGUCUGUCAGUACAAACUUAAACUAGUCUUGUCCUUUUAGCAAAUUUUUAAAAACGUGUUUUGUUGUUUAUAUUGAUUUUGUUGCUAUGAAGCUUCAUGAUGUGAGAUUUACUUUUAUUAUUUCUUGUUAGUUAUUUUUAAAACCAAACUAUAAGAAAUGCUUCAAAUGAAAAUCAAGAAACGUUCCCUGUGGCAAACCCCUCAUUCCACCAUCUUCUCAUGCUCCCUAAUUCUCUUGAGCACCAGAACAUAGUAGUUGGCUCACUACAUCCAGUUGACCCUGAGGAGCUUAUUAAUAUUGAAUGUCUCUAUACCGAGCAGGAAUUUGGAUCAAAAUGGUAUGUUCUUUUGUGUCUUGCAUGUAUACACAGAGUGAAUGAGUUCUUGGCCUGUAAUCUGUCUUCUGGCCUUUCUGACUUUGAUGCCUGUUUGUUUUUCCCUACACCCAUUACCUUCCAACCCCAAAGACGAUUUUAAAAGACGUAGAUUCCCUUCUGUAUGUGGACACAGAUGUCCUAUUUUUGCGACCCAUUGAUGACAUCUGGGGCUUCCUGAGAGCAUUCAAUUCCACGCAGCUGGCCGCCAUGGCUCCAGAACACGAAAUACCAAAGAUUGGCUGGUACAGUCGGUUUGCUCGCCACCCAUAUUACGGAGUGACUGGGGUAAAUUCUGGAGUCAUGCUGAUGAAUUUAACCCGUAUUAGGAAUGCCCAGUUCAAGGUAAGAAUGGCUUUUGAUUUGUUUGUUUUGUUUCAGAAACACUUUUCUCUCCCAUGUCAACUGGGGAUUGUGUUAUGUACUGAAGUUCUCACCCUGGGUCAGCAGGGGGAUACUGUAGAUUGUUAUGCAAAUAAGGGAUCGAAAGUGACGUUCAGUGAUUGGAUAGUUUUAGAAAAUUGUUACUGUUAUGUUGUACCGGAGCUCUAUAUAAGGCUGACUGAACCCUUCAGUUCAGUUCUGUUCUGGCCUGUGAAUAAACAAGAGCUGUUUGAAGAAUCGCUGUGUCGUCUGAUAUGUUCACCCACUACUUAACAGAUUGGUUUCCACUCCUGCGUGUAUAAAACUUCCUCACAGUUUUAUACAAAUAAUUUCCCACUGACUGAAAAACUGGCUUGGACUGUUGUUUUCCGAGGAAUGUGCUUUGACUGACAGAAUCAGUCCACUGGCUUCUCAAAUUGGCCCAGAGUAGCAUACCCAAAUGAUAGUUAACUUGAGAGGCUUGUCACUGUAGGUCUUCAAAUGCUGUCACACUGAGGACAUCACUGGUGCGCCUUUGUCACUACUGCUGGUGCAUUUCACAUCUUCCUUCCCGCUGGAUUAAGAACGGGCACUAUCCAAUUAAAUUGUUGCAUGCGUGGUGAUUUCUGAGCGUGCCACCGAACUUCCCCUCCCUCUGCUCCCUUCUGCACCUCUCCCUCCAAAUCUAAUCUAGGGUUCCCCAAACCUCUGGGGCAGCUUGGGGCAUGGUGCAGUGGGAGAGGGAGGAAGUCACGGUCUUUGAAGUCGUUCCAUGUGUGCAAUGACUUAGUUGCAUACAACUCUGCAUAUUCUUCAGGCAAUGUUCCUACCAUCAUCUCAGAGGACUUCAGGUUUCAUCCAUGGAUGCAAACCGUCCCCCAAAAGAUUGCAGAACCCUCAGAUGUGACCUUAGUACUGGGGAUCAUAGGAACCUGCCUUAUACCAGGUCAAGCUGUUUGUCCAUCAGGAUCAACCAGGGAACAUACUCCUUUGGAAAAGUGGUGGACUCUUCUUCCUUGGAGGUUUUAAAGCAGAGGUUGGGUGGCCAUCUGUCAUAGCAGCUUUAGCUGAGAUUCCUGCAUUUAGGGAGGCUUUUAAUGUUUUGUUUAUUGUGGUAUUUUAAUAUUUUGAUGGAAGCCGCCCAGAGUGGCUGGGUAAGCCCAGCCAGAUGGGCGGGGUAUAAAUAAAUAAAUUAUUCUUAUUCUUAUUCUUAUUAUUGACUAGAUGACCCUCCCAACUUUACACUUCUAAAUCCAGUAUUUGCUCAGACUGGCAGUGACCUUUCAUAACACCCCCUAUUCAGUUCUUUCAACUGGAGAUGCGAGAUUAAAUCUAGCCCUUUGUGAAAAGUACAUGUUUUGCCACUGAGCUAUGGCAUCUUCCUGUAAAAUGAUUAAAGCUACAGUAAAAUAGCAGAGCUGCUCUGGAGGCUUUUUCCAGGACCCAGUAGGGACCACCUGCUGAGUCUCUCUGGCUUUGAGCCAACUUUCUUCUCUAUGAAAUGGUAAAUGCAAAUGUUGACAUAAUAAGAGUAAGCAAGUGUAUUGUGUUCAAGCUCUGUUGCUUCAUGUUUUCUUUAAUUGCAUGCAUGCAAAUCAUGAUACCACUUGGGGCACAGAAAAAGGAGGUUCGAAUCCACGCUUCUGAGCGCUUUUGGAUUUGAUGGCCUUUCAGGGUCAGCCAAAUGAAUGGUCAGUUGAGGAUAUGGAAUCACAUUAUCUGAAGGGAGAGCUUGCAUGCUGGCAGUCUACACGGUUCCCCUUCGCUGGCUCCCUGUUCCAGCAUGAAGGGCAAUUCUUCCUUUCUGUGCUGUUUGGUUCCAGGAACAGUGAGAAAGGUUGCUGCUCAGCGCUGCUACGCCUUCCUCCUGCUGUGAUUUCUGCUGGUUUCUACUUUUCUUUCUUUAUCGUUUAUUCCUGCCUUUCAGAACAGCAUGAUACCGACAGGCUUGACAUGGGAGGAGAUGUUGUACCCUUUAUACCAAAAGUACAAAAACUACAUAACAUGGGGAGACCAGGACUUGCUCAACAUCAUUUUUUACUUUAAUCCAGGUACACGGUGCACAGACUCUAUAUUAUAGACAUGUAGAUUAUUAUUAUUAUUAUUAUUAUGUCUUGUUGGAAUAUGUGACAGGGUGGUGUGUAUAGACUCUGCCUCAUUGGCCUGUGCUGCCAAUCCUGUGGAUGAGAACAGAUUGUGAUUGUUUUAUUGAUGGAAAGUGAUAGACAAUCACUUGCAUUAAAUAAUUAAAUAAAUAAAUAAAUAAAAUAAAUAAAUAAAUCCCCCUCACCCACUUCAUGCAUUCUCUGCAUGGUAGCUAUAACCAUGCUGUGAGCUGUUAGCUGUUGCAUGGCUCAAGCCCAAAGGCAAAAUAUUGCCAUGGUACUAUAGAGAAAGGAAGGGCCCUGGAGUGACCAUCUUGCUGUGUGAGUAGGGCCAGGAAGUGAUCUACCCCCUUUUUGGGGGGUCAGGUCAAAAUUAUUGAGCUUUUUUCAGGAAGGCCCAUUUUUUAGGGGUUCAGGUCAAAGUUGUAGGGCUUUUUUUAGGGGGGAGGAAAGCCCCGUCUUUUGGGGGUGCAGGGCAAAAAUGUUGAGCUUUUUUUAGGGGAGCCAAACUUCUUGAGCUGCUUUGGGGGAGCCAGUGAUCUACCAGAGACAUCCAGUGAUCACGACCUACCUGUUGGACGUGCCUGGAAUAGCAGACACAUGAUUCGUUUCCAGAUUGUGUAGCUUUCCUUAUUUCAGAAUUUCUGGUAACAUUUUGAAGGUUUUGUGUUUUUUGCCAAUUUCUAAAUGUUGAUUAGUAAUUGUUGUAAUUCCCCCCCCCCUUUCUUUGCUCAAAUUGGGCUUUCUAGAGUGUCUCUAUCUGUUUCCUUGCCAAUGGAACUAUCGACCAGAUCAUUGUAUGUAUGGCAGUAACUGUAAAGGAGCAGAGGAAGAAGGCGUUUCUAUUCUACAUGGGAACAGAGGUGUCUACCACGAUGACAAACAGCCUACCUUCAAAGCACUCUAUGAAGUGAUACGUGAUGUAAGUGUUGCCCCGCCCAGGGAGACAGUCAGUCUCAUGCCAUGUUCUCACAUGUGAUACGGUGCAUCUAGUUGUAAUACCGUAUUUUUUGCUCUAUAAGACUCACUUUUUCCCUCCUAAAAAGUAAGGGGAAAUGUGUGUGCGUCUUAUGGAGCGAAUGCAGGCUGCGCAGCUAUCCCAGAAGCCAGAACAGCAAGAGGGAUUGCUGCUUUCAUUGCGCAGCGAUCCCUCUUGCUGUUCUGGCUUCUGAGAUUCAGAAUUAUUUUUUUUCUUGUUUUCCUCCUCCAAAACCUAGGUGCGUCUUGUGGUCUGGUGCGUCUUAUAGAGCGAAAAAUACGGUACCUUAUGCCUUGCAUUUCUGUUUUCCUGCAAAGAGCUCAAAGCAGCAUAAAUGGUUUCUUCCCCCACUAUUUUAGCCUCACAACACAACCCUGUGUGAUGGGCCUGUUUUCACAGCAGGCAGUUUGUUGUGGAAUAGCAACACUUAUAUAUAUAUGUACUUCGUUAAACAUCAUUAACAAAGCAUCUUCUUUGUGUUUCCCCCCUGCUCACCACCUUACCCCCACCAGUAGUUCGAAAAACCCCUUAUUUAUCUAAGUGGAAUAGUUGUGUAACUUCCCCAAAUGUAGAUCAUGUUUCUGUUCCACCUAGGUUAUGGCCUGUAUAGAUUGCUCAUUCAUUUUUUCUAAAUUUCCUUCUAGCCAUUUCAUUCACCAUGCUCCACAAUCUCCUCUCUAGGAACCAACUCUGUCGCUUUAACUCCUCACUUUCCAAACAAAAUUGCCUUUAUUGCCUUUUCUUUUCUACCCCCCACCUUCCCCAGUAAGAGAGGGGAAUCGUGAUCUGAAGCUCAUUGAGUGGGAAACUGAGUAUUUAAACCUAUUCCCACACACAAUGGAGCCAGUACAGAUAGUCCCAUGUUCUAGCUGCAGUGCAGCCUAGUAAGCCUCACCAGCCUCAACACACAGGCCUAGAUCCAAAAAAGUCCAAACUCAGUUCAGAAUCUGCAGUAGCUUGAGAUGGCACCACACCAACUUAGACAGAUUGUCCAAAUUGUUGAGUACUGUGGUAGUAAAGUGGGAAGGAUGAGAGCUAUUGGUGACCUUUUUUUGGGAGGGGGAAGAUAUUCAGGUUAAGAUCUUUGUGACAGAGUGAAACUCUCUCUCUCUCUCUCUCUCUCUCUCUCUCUCUGUAUAAAAUUCAAUCUCUGGCAUUUCACAAUCUUGGGAUAGGCUCUUCCCUAAGAUCCUGUACACUAUUGGUCAGAAUUGAUAGAACUGAUAAAUAGACAGAUAGUGCAAUUUGGUUCAGAGUUUCAUAUAUUUUGAUCAAGAAGCUUUGUGGGGGGAAACCGUCUUUUGGAGCUGGUAACUCUGCACAGAAUAGGGUUGCAUGAGAGGAGAGCACAACAGCAGCAUAUAAUAUUAUCAGCUUACCACUGCAUUGUACCACAGCGUGUCUUGACAGUCAAACUCCCUGCCUCCGCGUUAAAAUUUAUAGGAAAAACUCAGCAAAGCAAUGAUUAUCACUUGUCUGUCUUUUAAUCCUUUUUCUUUAAUUCUUUUUCUUUUGUUCUUUAGUUUCCCUUUGAAGACAAUCUCUUCCAAUCAAUGUACUACCCUCUCCAGUCAAAAUUCCUUGAUACUGUACACACUUUAUGUGGGCGAAUUCCUCAGGUUUUUCUGAAACAAAUCGAAAGAACCAUGAAGAAAGUCUACGAAAGCCGGGUGAUCGUUAACGUUGGAGCCAACUUCAGAUUAUAAGCGCAGCAAUAUAUUUUGAUACAGUUUUCAUAUUCUUAUCCAGUCCUCCUAAGGGACAUUAGGCUAUUUUAGGCUGCAAUCCUAUACACACUUCCCUGGGAGCAAGUCCAACCUAACUCAGUGGGGCUUACUUCAGAGUAGGCAUGUAUAGGCCUGUGCUGUCAGACAGUUUGCAGCUUGAGCAAAAGUGCCAGUUGGGGUGUUAGUUUAUUGGUUUGGUUUUAAUGGUGUAUACAUACAGUUCACGAGGUUGAUGAUAAUGAGAGUGGACAUGGGUGAAAGUCUAGGAAUUUCACUGGAAGAUGUCAGGAUUUUUCUGCAACCGAUUUCUAAAGCACAGAGUCUGGACGUGUCCUAUUUCAGAAUAUACAACUCACAGAAUUUCUGUGAGAAGGUCACUUUCUUCUUCAAAGUCAUUACUUUUACUUGAAAGAAAUUCUGUUGACUAUGUUUACAGGUAUCACUUCAGUUUUACAGUGGCAGUGGAAGGAAAUGCAUUAACUUUUCCUCACAUAAUGAACUCGUAGCUCUUAUCUCUUUACUUCCUAAAACUGAUGAGGGGAACCUUUGGCCCUGCAGAUGUUACUGAACCACAGUUCCCAUCAUUCCUGAUCAUUGGCCAUGCUUGCUGGGGCUGAAGGGAGUUUUGGUUCAGGAAGAUCUGGAGAGCCAAAGGUUCCCCAUGCUUGUCCUAGAUCUUAUCAGUAUUUUGGACCUUGAUGCUUCCCUCACGAACAUCUUUCCUCUAUUGUGGUUACCAAAGCUAGUGUAGGAAGUACCCAUGAAAUACAAAAGUUUGUUAAGUUAACAGACUAGCACCAGAGCCAGCUACAGGGAAACAGUUUUGCGGCAAUAACCAUACCAUAACAGCAAUCUAUCAACUGAGCAUUAAUUAGGAUCAGUGUGUAGGCUGCUUCCUUUGAGCUGAACAUGAAACUGAGGGAAAUUCAUCCUGGCUAUACGUUUACAUUGCACUGUUAUAUUUGAGACAGAGCUAUCUAUCUUCUCUACAGCAACAGGGGAACUUGCUGCUGCAGAAGUGCACUUGGUAGAUUGUAGUCACAAGCCACUUGGAACAUCUUCUCUGCAAGCCUCAAUGGGUGAAUUGAAGAUGCAGAAAACCCUUGCUCAACUCCUGUGCAUUUGAAAUUCAGUGUGGCUGUAUAAGGGGCAGUUUAUGAACUGCACAAAAAUUAGGGGUGGAGUGGGAGAGAUGUUAGGUUAGUAACAGAUCUUGAAACAGGCUGAUGGUUUUGCCUUUGGGGUUUUUUAAAGUAAGCUGUAAGUAGAUUUCAUACUUGUCUAGGCCUGAGGACUUGGAUCUGUUUUUCUGCUGCUAAUAGCAAAUGCCUACUAAUUGCUAUGGCACCAAGUUUAGAGAGGCCAAGACCACCUGCUUGUGGUUGCUUUUGCCAUGCCCAAGACCCCACUCCCCCACAGACACAUUUGUCCUCAAAAGUAUAAUAUGGGUACUGUUUAAAUAUAUAGUGUCUCAUUGAUUUUGAAUACAAGCACUCUGAUUUAGCAGCCGUCUUCCAUGCACAGAAAACUGUUAAUGACUUCUGCUACACAAAAUAAAUAAGGAGCUGCUCCACCGUUCUUUCUUGCACGCAGGGGAUCCUGUGUAGGAAGUUCCUGUGUGUGGGUAACAAAUGAGAACAAAUGGUAGAAUAAAAAGGCAGUAGAAUAGAUUCAUCUAUACAAAGUGUUGUCCAUGUGGAAGUUGCUUCAGUGGCACAGUGCAGUACAGCUAGUCAGUUGGCAUUGCCACCCUGCCUAUGCACAUCUCAAGGCUCAUUCAGACCUGGAGAAGGUGAGCAAGCCAUUUUCAGGGUCACAUAUAUGCAGCCAUUUUGUUUAAAGCAUCACCGGCAUUGGUAAGUCUCUGGCUCAACCACCUGCACUAGCCGAUGCAAACUUCAAUGGUGCAAAGAGGAGCAUUUCUAUGACUACAGCACCAACAGUGGUAAAUGAAUGAACAGUGUUGAUAGUGCAGUAUACGACACUGUUAUAAUAAGUAGCAGUGUUAUUCCAGCACCAUCUCUUAUCAUUUCAUAGUAUUUAUUGCCUCCCGUGGGAGAAAUAAUAACUUACUUUCUCUCUCUGCCAGUGUUUACACCACUAAUGAGAAUAGCAGGCACUGUUGGUGCUAUUUCCUUGCCACAUGUAGGUAAGAUUGUAUAUAAAGGACCAAAUGGGAAGUCUGAUUAGCUAGUUGUUAAGGUGGCAUGGGACUCUUUGGUUAUGACGCAACACAGAGUUAAGUGUUCCUACAUUCAUUAAUCUCGAUGGGCUUCAGCACGCUUAUGUCUGUGACAGAUUGUGCCUCACCUUCUUGGCAACAGGUGAAUACAGCUGUAUUUAGGAAGCAGAAGUGAAGGCUUGCAGUGCAAUAACAGCCCCAUUCCUGUGUGAAAACACAGAAUGCUGUCUUUGACAGAAAUGGGAUUGUACUGUUCCACCUGUAGAAUUUGAAGAACUGACAGAAUGUCUGCUGUAAUUCUCCCCUCAGCCACCCCCCAUGCAUACUCUGUGCCGCCCCCAAACCUCCUGAAGGUUGAAGAGCCCUUCAGAACAGAUUUGGGUAGACGAUGUUCCAUCAUGCAAUGAAAAAUCCUUCCAGCGUUGGUAUAUUCACCAUAGCGCUACAUGGAAUACAACCUCAGGUUACUAAGCAGGUGUCUUUUAGAGAUGUCCGAUGUAGCGUAUGGUUUCAGAACAAAUUCUGAUUAUGUGCAGUUUCUUUGUGAAAAGGGUUCCUGUCACCCUACGUAUCUUUUACGAUUUCUGUGUGACACCUGAGAGCAUGUUCAUGUUUCAAGCUCUGAAAAGAUCUUCAGUGUGUUCUGAAAAUUCUGAAGCCUACCAUGUUUCAGGUAAAAUGGUCUACAACACAGAGGGAGAAGUGUAGUACAAGUAACUGCUACAUACACAAACCUAGCAUUUGAUUCAGGCCAGUCUGAUAAAUGUGUGUGGUAAUCUGAUCUCGGACUCUGGAGAGGAGGACAGGUAUGAAACUUCUGCUGAAAUUCGGUAACAAAUGCUGGUCAUAGGCCUUCUGCUUUCAGAGUCAAAAGUUUAAGUCCUUUUCGUGUAUUCAAAUAUCGAGUUCCAAUUUCAUGAUUAUGGUAAAGUAAAAGGGGUAGGUUACGUAAUGAAGGAAGCAAAGGGCUUGAGUUGGGUGUGGAACGGAUGGGUGUGACCCUCCAGAGACCGUUGGACUACAACUCCCAUUAUCCCUGACCAUUGAUAAUGCUGGCUGGGGCUGAUAGGAGUUGGAGCCACCAAUAUCUGACUGGCAACAAGUCCCCUGCCCCUGUUGCAGAAGAAAGCAUUCUCACUCCUGGUGCAUAAUAGAUUUUCAGAAGUUGCAAUGUUAUUUUGUAUUUUUUUGUUUUUGUUUUUUACAAGGAAGCAUAUUUUCUCCAAUGUCUGCCUUUGGUAUAUGAAGGAUUUGCUUUAACAUUAAAAACCAUGCUGCACAAUAUUAAUGAAAUUAUGCAAAAGAAAUUGUUUUCCAUAUACAUUUUAUUUGGGUUGGGAGGGUGUAGCUACUAAAGUUCUUAAGGAGUUUUUUAUAUAUAUAUAAAAAAAAUAUUAUAUAAAUGUUUACUUUUUCGCAUAGUAAUUUAUACUUUGCUGCAAUUUAUGGCACUAUUAUUACAUUUCUGUUUUUAACAAUAGUUUGUUUUUGAAAGACUUUUAUUAACAUUAUGCCAUACUCGUUGCUGAUUUCUUUGAAAAGUGCUUCACUUAUUAUAAAAUACUGGACAUAUACAGUUGUACCUUAGUUCUUGAACGGAAUCCAUUCCAGCGACUUCCGAAAACGUUCAAAAACUAGGCACGGCAUCUGAUUGGCUGUAGGAGCUUCCUGCACUCAAUCGGAAGCUGCGUCAGGUGUUCAGCUACCGAAAAACGUUUGCAAACCGGAACACUUCUGGGUUUGCGGAGUUCGGGAGCCAAAAUGUUCAGGUCACAAGGCAUUAGAGAACCAAGGUACAACUGUAUAAACCUCUUCCUCAUCCCUAUGUAGUAUUGCUAUAUUCUGAACUAGAAUAAUAUUGCCAGAAGAGUGUUUUCCACCUAUUGUGAUUUAGAAGGAGGAGGUGUCAUUAGAAUGCUUACUAAACCAAUCCAGAAAAGGUCACAGUUUUAAAAUAUUUGCAGCAAAUGCAUCCAUCUAUUCCAACCUUGUUGCGGAUGGGCUUGUGAUGAAGCCACAGUCUGAUUGAUUCACCACCUACCUACCCAUGAGCCAUUCAUGAUAUGAUGAGCUCACUGUGCAUUAAAUGCAGUCAGUGAGUGAGCAGCAAAAUGCUAAGUGCUCAGUGGUGAGCAUAUAUUUUAUGUGCAGAAUAUCUCACGAUCAACUCCCCGCAUCUUAAGCUAAAAGGAUCACAGGUGACGCCUUUAAGAACUGUCAGUCAGAAUAGGUGGCACAAGGCUAGACAGAUCAAUAACCUUACUGUAUACAUUCACACUGCACACCUCCAGGUGCAAAAAAAGACAAACCAGCAUGUUAGCAUGUGGCGCAAACAAUAUAAUCUAGCCUUGCACUCUUUAAAUCUUACCGAUGGAAAUAAUUAAACGUACAACCCUAAGCAUCCUUAUAUAUGCAGAUUUAAUUCAGUUGGAGCCACUGUCCAGUCUUGGGCAGAGUUAGGCGUGGUUCUUGCUUUCAAGCUUAGAUGUGCCUAAUUGUGCUGUCAAGCUGCAAAUAUGCUUAUGAUUUCAGCAACUGCCCAAACCUUAUCUCAAAGGGUUUGGCCAUUCAAGCUCAAGAGAUCCUGUCGAGGGCAAAAGAAGCUAUUUAGCAUUAAGCUAGUGCACAACUAGCUACCUUGAUCUGGGUGGCAUUCCUCCAGUUGCUAGACACUAUGACCUCGCUGGAUUCCAAACCCCCAAGUACGAGUUGAUGGAGGUUUGCCAAGCAAAAACUCCUGCCUUCCCAUUUUCCCUGGUGUAAAACACAACACCUUAAUAACUGUGCCGCCUCAACACUUUACAUAAAAAUAACCCUUGCAGUCCAUAGGACUUUUGAGUAAUAUGCUUAGGAAUUGGGAAGUCCAGUCAUGAAGUCUAGCAUAAACUUUGUAAGCACAAAUUAUUUGAAAUAAUUUACUCAAGAAUAGUAGUUGAGCAGAACUGAAAUAUUCAAGGUGUUUUUUAAAAAAAUUCUGCCAAGGUUGAUCAAUCCAAUAGAACCCUGGUCUUAUGUAGCGAUAUGAUUGCAUAUGGAAAAACGAUACAGAUUUCAGUGGAAAGCAAAAAAUGCUAAUUGCUUUGUGUAUGUAUAGUUGCAUAAGGUAUGUCUAUAAGGAAUUGCAAUCAGUGUCAUGCUACUUAAGUGUCUUGUAUAUUUGUAUUUGACAAGUGCACCAAAUUUUUAUAGCUCCUAAGGAGAUGAUUACAGUGCAUUUCUAAGUCAUAUGCAAUUUUAGGCUUACCGUGUAAUUAAAUGAACUUUUGAGCAAA